AUGGCAUUGCCGUUAAACCUACCGCGAGAAUCAAUUGAAGAAGACGACGAAGCGCUCUUGUCUCCAACAGAGUCGGCCUACCACGCACUGCCCAAAGCAACGAAAAAGCCAUGGUUGCUACUUGUCGUCCUAAUCUUCAUCAUGAUCGCCUUGAUCGAUGUUGGUGCCUACCUCGCCGAAGCGCCCAUGACGCGCCUUUACGAGGCGAACCUCUGUCUUAAAUACUACCGUGAACAAGACCCUUCGGUGGUACCUGACGAUGAAACUAUACCGGAGCAGCUGUGCAAGGUGGACGUGGUGCAGCAGCAACUAGCGAGCAUAUUUGGCUGGCAGGAAAUGUUUAGCGCGCUACCAGGCAUUCUUCUAGCGGUACCAUACGGAACUUGGGCGGAUAAGGUAGGUAGGAAGUGGAUAUUCAUAGCGAGCUUGGUCGGAAUAGAGCUCGGCUUUGUCUGGGUGCUGCUGAUAUGUCACUUCAGGUUCCUCCCUCUACAGUUGACGUGGCUUUCAAGCGCCUUCACAGUAAUAGGUGGCGGCCCAAUCGUAGCCAUGGCGAUCGGCCUGACCAUGAUCUCCGACAUUGCGCCCCCAGAACAGCGUACAACAAUUUUUCUGUACCUAACAGCCUGCGUCCUUGUCGCGGAAAUGGUGGCACCCAUAAUGGCAGCGAGACUCAUGGAGAGCGGAAACUGGUUGCCUCUACUGCUGUCACUGGCAAUACAGAUUGUGGGUGUCAUCGUGGCAUUGUUCAUUCCGGAGACGUUGCAUCUGCGUGACCUGCCCGAACCCAAAGACAGCGACAACGAGGUUUUUGAGCUACAACCCACAACCAGCGACUUUUCAGUGCGAGCACAAUUACGCAACUUCCAGGCUGCAGUACGUUUCCUAAAGAGCGAUUGGACAUUAGCAAUGGUCGUCUUCACUUUUCUGGCCAACAGACUGGGCAGACAGUGCAUUUCACUCCUGGUUCGCUACGCAUCGAAACGUUAUAGUUGGGAGAUAAAAAAUGCUUCCUACUUACUAUCUUUUCGCGCAGCUACCAAUCUUGUGGCCGUCACUAUCUUGAUUCCUCUAGUCAAUUUUGUUCUUUUGAGGAAGCUGCGGUUUCCUGCGCACUGGGCGGACCUGUGGAUUGCACGGGGAUCUAUAGUCCUUACCACCAUCGCCUUCUUCGUGAUGGGUGUCGCAGCGCAUCCCUCUCUCCUGAUCAUUGGGCUCCUUCUUUACAACAUGGGGACCGGUUAUAACGCUGCUAUGCGAUCUGUCUCCAUACAUGUCGUUGGCGGCCAGUCGAGUCCCGAUAUCGGCAAACUGAUGAGCACCAUCGCCAUGGCGGAGAGUAUUGGCGCAAUGGUCGCUGGGCCACUACUGAACGAGUUGCUUCAACUUGGCAUAGGCUUUGGUGGCGCCUGGCUGGGUUUGCCCUUCUUGAGUUCUGUCAUAGUGUUCGCGUUCAUGACUGUUGUGACAUGGAUCAUUCAUGUGGGAGACAAGGAGCUCGCUUAUUUGGAAGUGCGUACCGAGGAUGAGGAAGAGAGACGGAUAAGUGCGCUCGAAGGCGAGGAGCUUAUCAGACAUAGGGAUGUAUUUUAG